AGUGGAUCAAUUGCUCUCUGUGAAAUCAACAUUACUGGACUAGUAGUACCAAGGCAUUGCAAAGGUAGAUUAUACAAAAUCUAUCUUAGCACUCUCACUUUGGUAAUAAGGGUCAAUGCACUAAAACCUGAAAAUUCAACCAAUAAGGAUAUCAUCUACAAUAGCACAAAUGAAUGAUCAGUGGAAUUCAGCAGUGUUUACAGAUAACGCCUACAUAUCAAAAAGAAGCAUUAGAAAGAUUCUCAUCCGUAAAAAGCAGUAUGUGCCUGUCGAGAGUAACAACACUGACCAUGGCACCAUGGAAGCGAGCCUUAAUCUAGCCAGUGUUGAUGAGGGAAAUGCUUCUGUCAGCUGUUAUGAUAGAGAAACCACAAAACCAAGUAUCGAGAAAGAGAUGGUCUCCCUAAAUCUCUCCGAGAGAUGUUCUGAGCAGCAGUAUAUGCUUCUCCCGAAAGAAGUAUAUGAAGCUGAUAAGCCUGGAUCUGACCCUAAUUCCCUACUGGAAGUGACUAGCUUCUCCAAAAUGAAGGUGAAACAGGAGGUAGACAUCAUUAAGUCAUGUGCACUGGCAGUGUCUCCAAAGGAGCAGCAGGGAGCUGCAGAAGACAAAUGCAAGGUGGAGGGAGAUGAACCAGACAGACCAAACCCUCCACAGAAGAAGCAAAGUCAGUUUGUGUUUGCUGCUAUGAAGAAACGAGGAAUGGAGGGAGACACGGAAAACCGUCCGUACAAGUGCCCUUAUUGUAACUGGGCUUUCAAAAAGUACAGUAACUUGAUGAGCCACAUUGACACUCACCGUGGCCUUAGGCCUUAUGUUUGCAACAUGUGUGGAAAGGCCUACUCGCACCAGGGUACUCUUCAGCAGCACAAACGGCUGCACACAGGUGAAAGACCGUACCAAUGCCCUUUCUGUGUGAAAAAUUACAUCUGGUCCUCUGACUUUCGCAAACACAUCCGAACUCAUACAGGAGAGAAGCCCUACACCUGUGAGGAGUGUGGCAAGGACUUUGUGCGCUCCUCCGACCUACGCAAGCACGAGCGCAAUAUGCACACAAACAACAAGCCCUUCCUCUGCAAGCAGUGUGGCAAAACCUUCAACAAACCCUUGUCUCUCCUUCGUCACGAGCGCACUCAUUUGGGUGAUAGGCCCUUCAUUUGCCCAGAGUGUGGGAAGGCAUUUGCCCUGGCAAGCCGCAUGACAGAGCACAGAAAAAUCCACAGCGGUGUGCGUCCCUACACCUGCCCAGUUUGCUCCAAAGCAUUCACCAAGUCCUCCAACCUUGCCGAACAUCUCACAGUUCACAGUGGAGUGCGGCCACACAAGUGCUCAGAGUGUGGGGUGGCAUUUGCCAUGGCGUCCCGUCUGGUGCGCCACCAGCGUCUUCAUGUAGCUGUGCAGCCUUAUCGCUGCCAGGGCUGCGACAUGUCAUUCAGCCACUAUGUGGCACUCAAGAGGCAUCAGGAGCAGCAUGGUGAGGGCAUGAUCUUUGUUUGUGGGCAGUGCAGUAAAUCUUUCCCUCAGAAUGAAAUGCUUAUAGAACACAUGCAGAGUCAUGCUGACACUCAGAUAAGCAUUGCGUAAACCUGUCCCUUUCUCCCUUAAGUAACCCAGGGGCUUGUUCAAGUGCACAAUGACAACAAGGUUCUCUCAGUUAGAUAAGUCAAAGUUCAAUGUCUAUCCAUCCAUCCAUCCAUCUAUACUUCAGCUUUAACAACAUAGCUAUUUCAUAAGAAAAUGGAAAUUCACAACCAUUUUUUUUUUUUAUGAUUUAUUUUCACAUUUUAAAGAUGUUGAUAAACUUUGAUAUCAAUUACAUCACUGUGUAUAUUAUUAGAAUGUAAACACACUGGAGACACAUUUAUAGAAAAUAAUUUGGCACAUGAUGAUCUCUUGCCUACUGAAGCAGAUUAUUUGCAUGCGAGUUGGAAUAGCGUGAGUGCUACUGGUGGUGCCAAAAUGCAAAGUGCUAUUUCAAGUUGUCAAUAAUUUCUUUCUUUCUUUCUUUUUUUCUUUUUUUUUUUUUUUUUUUUUGCUGUCCAUUGGUAUUACUUGUAUUUGGGACUAUAAACAAGCAGCAGGACAAAAUUGUGUUUCAGAUUGUUUUAGAUUUGUGUUAUAUGCUAUAAACAUGUUUAUAGUGAUUCAAAUAAAUGCACAAACUGUUACCCCAUAUUUUAUUAAACUAAAAACCUUUACAUUAGAUUCUUUGUUGUACAGGAGUGAAAGAGAAUAUGGCACUGUCAAUUAAAAGCAGUAUUAUUGAGGAGUCAUGUGUCCCUGGGUGUGAAAUGUGGUGUUGGACAUAUGCUAGGGUAUAAGAUGGAAUCCUGUUGUUCCCUCUGUAUGUCUCUCUUGAGGAUGUGUGACCCUAAUCCCCAGAGUGCCACACUAUUGCUAACAUUUGUCCAUGUGCUCCAGACCUGCUUACUCAUGGUAAAAAGAGAUGGCAUUCCUCUUGUCAAAUUCCACUGCUCCACUUGAUUUAACCAGAGUCACUGGCUGACAGUGCCAUAUUUUUUGUUAUAUUUUAUGUAACUAACAUUUAUUGUUGUUAAUCAUAUACAUUUACAUUACUUAUACAAAUAUUACAAAAAAAUAUUAUUAUUUAGUACUGCCAUCUUUUAUUAGAAAUAAAAGGUGUGGUCAGAUAUUUAAAAAAAAAAAAACAUCAAUGGCUUGAAUUACACUUACACAAUAUAAUUGACAGUGCAUUAAAAAAUAUUAAAUACUGUAGAAAAUACUGUCCCUUAGAUAGCAUUAGGAUAUGUAAAUUAAAUAAUAAAACUGGACCUCCAUCAGUGUCAGUCAUGACCUGAUGUCAGUAUUAUCUUUGGAACAUACUGUAUGUUCCAAAGAUAAUCUUUUUUCUCUUACAUUUUUCUCAAUUUAUACAUGUCCCAUAUAUGCACUGCUCCUAUGGGAAAGCUUUAAAUUGUGAAACCACUUACAAAUCUAUUUGAUUUGCUUCUUUCAGUGAUGAUUAAGCAUAAUCACUGUUGUUGGGGGUGGAUUACAAGUUAUACAGUUAUAUAAUUACUGACAUUACCAGCUGUGGUGAUAUUUUAAGUUCAUCAUUCCAUGAGUCACAGCACUUUUGUCCAGCACCCAUUGCCAUUAUGUCCCCUCCUUCCUGCAGGCCAAGAUGCAAAUCCCAAGAGUCAGCUCCCUGAGCUGUGCUUCAGCUGUUCAAUGUCUUCAUUUAAGAAAGUAAGUAAACACCAAACAUUUAAAAAACUAUUUUUAGAACUGUCCUCAGGGUAUUUUUGUAGCCUCACUUGCAAUAUGGAAAAACAGACCAUUUAAGGUGAAGUAAAAUAAAAUAACUGCAGGGGUGGGCUUGGCCUCAGUAUGUGCAUCAGUCUUGGGGUGCAUCAGUCUUGAACACCAUGCUGAAGUCCAUCAACUGGUGAAUACUGCCCAAAGUAGACCUUAAUUAGGGACCCUUUAAACAAAACAACAAACCCUGAAUAUUUGCAAGACCAUUACAAACAGUGCUGUGAAAAAUUAUUUGCUCCCAUCAGUAUUUCUUCAAUUGUGUGUAUAUCUCACAAUAAAAAAUAAAAAAAAAUCAGAUAUUCAAACAUAAUUUUACAUAAAACAAAGACAAUCUGAGUAUACACAAAUUAUAGUUUUAAAUUACAGUGUUAUUUACUAAAGCAAAAAAGUUAUCCAAUACCAAUUGACCCAUCGCUAAGCCCUGCCAUAAAAGCGUUUCUGACCAAUCCUGUCUUAGCAACUGUUGACCCGCCGCUAUUACUCUGACAAGCGUUUGCCUUUUUACAAUGAGAGCCUAUGGGAGUGAAGUGUGUUUGAGUAGUUUUAAGUGGGAUUUUAUCAAAAUGAUCAAAAAACACAGCUGGGUCACCUGUAACAGUGACAUGAGGUACAUAGAGAGGAUACACUAAGUGUUUUUUUGUUCUUUUUUAACAAAUCUUUAAACAAAUAUUGAGAAGAGCAUACUAUGGAUUAAAGUGUGUCAUUCCUCAUUCCCAAAUGAGCAUGUAUAACAUCGAGGACACCUACAUUUCCUCAAAGGUAAAUAAAAGCUAACAACUUCACAUUAGUUCAUUUACGUAUUGAUUCAGGUCUUAGUAAAGGUUAUUGUAAAGAGUUCACAGAAUCAAAAUGAGUGUGUUAUAACUUACACUAAUGUUAUGAGGUUUAUUAUCACUAUCAAGUGAUGCUAUUCUCUUUUUAUGUGACUGUGAUGCUCGUUUGCCUCAAUUCUGAUUCACAGUCUGUACAGUUUUCAAUCAAAUUACUGUGUAAUUUAGCAAUUUAUUUUACAAAAAACAUCAGAUAAAUAUGCUUUACAAUAACGCUCUUCAUUCCAGCCCAGGUAAUAAUACCAUCCAUUCCGUUUAUGAGAAUAUUUUGCCAAAAACCGCUGCGUUUACGGCAGUCUCCCAUUUAUUCCUGUGGGGAGUUCUGCAGAGCUUGUCAGGGCAAACAACAGUAACAAAGGGGGCGGAGUUUAGAGAAGGAUCAAUUGGGCCCAGGGGUGUAAAAAAUACUCAAAAAUUAUACUUAAGUGAAAGUAUGGAUACUGAGUGAAACUGUUGUUAAAUUCAAUUGUUUUGAAAGUCGCCUUUUUACUGUCUCCAACGACAGUCAUAUUUCUCCCCAAGUGGCAUUCGCAACCUGGUCAAAGAAUCAUGUUACAAUAACUACAUUUUGCAAAAUGAUUUUUUGGUAUGUAACAGCAAUUUCCUGGUGGAAUGAACACUAGAGGUGCUAAAACAACAAUUACUUUUAUCCCCUUUCACUCAAAUCACAAGUAAAACGGCAGAUUAUCAGUUCAUAAACUUUUUGCUCUGUUCCUCACAUAAUGCAAUCUUAUGACAUAUAAACACUUUUACUAUAGCGCAUGACUAAUUUUAACAUUUGGAUUACAUAACUAACUACAUUUACAAGCUUAUUUAAGUGUGAUCUAAUUGCAUGGUAGCUCAACUGAUAGAGUGUUGCAUAUGCGAUAUAAAGGAACAGGGUACGAGUCAACACAUAAUCCGAAAAUGUCAUAGAAGUACCACAAAAUGACGUGGUUGUUUCAGAAAUUUAGUUUUUCAUCUCACAUUUGCUUUUUCUGACACUAUCAGUUAGGUUUAAGGUUUAGGAUAGGGAAGUAGGUUUUGUUUUUUUAAAUCUUGAUAGAACAUUAACCUUAAAAACCUCAUCUGUUCAGGAGAACAUCCACUCACUUUAAGCACCACACAGUGGACAUUUCACUUCGGAACUGCCCUGAGACUUGUAAUGAACCACAUAAUUUUUUUUUUUUUUUUUGCAAAAGCUUUGCCACAGUCACACAGUGUUCGUUGCAUGGGAGAAGGCACUCAUGAACAUAGACAUAGAGAAAGAUCAAAAAAUUCAAAAUAAGCUUUGGAGAAAGUUAGUAAUGUUGUUGGUUUUCUGAAUUGUAUUCUGAGGUUUGCUACCAUACCUUACUGUUGAGCAGAUGGAUGAAUUCAAUAAAAUUCAUAAAUAAUAUUUACUCAAAUUCCCUUAUUUUUAUUAUCA